AUGGGCGUCGCGUCCUCUCGGGGCGCCGCACCGCCCUGGUCGUCGCCGUCUGGGGCGCCGACGGCCGCCUCCAUGUUGCCGGUCGCGCUGCAGGCCCGGCGCGGCGCUGGCGCACGCGGCCACCUCCCGAGGGCCCACGCGCCCAGGGGCAACGGGGAAGAAAUUCACGAAAACCCGAGAGCGAGGAGUCACUUCCCGGCGGCCUCGCCGCCCGGCUCAGCAACUGCGCCCGGUGGUCGCCGCCCCCACAAGUUUCCUUGUCCCGACCCGGCUGAGGCGAGCAAAGCCCCGCGCCCCAGCGCGCGCGGAGCCGGCUCAGGUGAAGCGAGGCCUACGGCCCCAACACCGGGAGCCGAGGAAGCCGAAAGAGAAAGACGCGGCCUUUCGUCUCCCCACCUCACAGGAGGGCGCCGGAGGGGCGGGGAGCGGGCGGGGGCGCCCAGCGGAGGGCAGCACGCUCGCAGCCCAGAUUUUGUUUUCGCUUUCGGCCAGACAGCGGAGAGGACGGCGGGAGGUGUAGUUUGGCCAGCGGCAGGAAGUCGGCCUGCGGCGGGCGGGGACGCGCGGCCGGCCUACCCGGGGGAGGCGCCCGGGAGGCACGGGGACUACAAGUCCCUACAGCGCGGGCGCCGCCGCAGCCGUCCGGAGCCGGCUUCGAGCUUUCCGGGCACAGCGUCCGCGAGCAGGCCGAGGGUCUCAGCUAGCCGACGCGCAGCAACCUGCGCGCGCCGCCCCGCCCGGCCGUCCGCCCACUGCGCCGCGGGGCCGCGGGAAGUGCGCGUACCCUGCGUGCGUGGAGUCGCCAGGGACACUGAGGCUGGCUGGGUCGGCCCUUUGUGUAGUUCCAAACAGAGGGCGCACCUGUCUGCUCCCCUCCCCGGCCUCUUCUCCUGGCGUUUCCAUGGAGGUGGCUUUAACGGCUUAAACAGAAAAUAG